AUGGACCGCUUAUCUCCGACGCACCCAAGUUGGAAGAGCGUUCGUUGCACCCUCGAGCAGUGUGCGAAGGAACGGAAUGCCAUCAUUGCAGAGCAACUCAAGAUGUGUCAGAAGGACGGGAAGAGUCUAAUGAUCAAGGUAUUCAAUGGCGGGACUCCGCCGCCUUCGUUAGUUGGGAACGAGUUCCUCUUCAAAUUACAGAAGGCUUCGCUGUUCUGUCGAUGGACAGCCGUGACCUUGUUGCCGGAGGUGUAUGAAAGAUGCAUGCAAGAUCAAUCAAGAGAACAUCCUGAUGCGUCGUGCUUGUUCUAUUUGUGGAGCGCAGUGGAAGAUAUUGUUCUGGAUGCUUGGACAAAUUUUGUUCUCCGGCAAAAGCCGAAGCACAUCAGCCUUCACUUUGAUGGUAUCAGGGUGUCAAGAGCUGUCGUGGGGGAGGAUGUAGAAGGCUUCUGCAGAGUCUGCACUGCCCAUAUUCAAGAGAUAACUGGGUACAAAGUUGAGAUCAGACCCAAGAGCAACCCUGAUCUCUUGCAAGACUUGCGUUUGUCAAGCAGAAGCCGAACGUUGCGAGGCCUCCUGCCCGCUCCACUUCAGCAAGAUGGCAACUGCAUACCAGCCGCACUGCAUAAUCUUGGCUUCGUAGCGGAGGUCAAUGCUUUUCUCGAGGACAAGGAAAGUGAAGAGACUCUUUACUUCAGUCGACGAAAGCACCGUACUUAUGCUCAGGUACAGAAAGGCACUGGAGUUCACAUGACUCCUGUCAUCCUGCCACUGGACACGAGCUCUGCAGAGAUCGAAGGCAAGUAUGUUGUGCACUGCUCAAAACAAGGUCGUCCUCAUGCCAUCGCACUAGAUGCCGGAUCUAACACAGAGUGGGUCGUGGCAGAUGGCAAUGCCGAAUUCAUUCUGGACAGGGCAUCUUUUCUAAAGGCUGUGUCAAGCGCGUGCGACAAGCGACACAUCAUGCUUUUCAAAGUAACAGCCUCGCUGCCGCCGAAGGAUGAGCAUCCCAAAUUCACACUCAAUGAAACAGAGCGUGAGAGAUUCUUGGACCUUCAAGCCGCCGCUGGUGAGGAUUUCAUUGUGGAGCUGGACAUGUUCCCUGAAGAAGCUGAGGAUGAGCGCCAGCAUGAUGAGCCAGUUGGCCAGGAUGAUGCUGAAAGUCAGGAACAGGAGGAAGAUGAGAGUGUUACGACGGUGGGUGAUAUACUUCUGCAGAAUCUGAAGAAAGAAGUAGAAAGCCUUUUAAAGCAACAAACACAACUUCGGCAAGGUGCAGAUGGCCGUGUUCGGUGUCCCUUGUGUCCUUUUCGCAGCUGGUCGUGGCACAACCGUUGCAGGGUCAAGAAACAUGUUCGCGAGUAUCAUUCUGCCAGGAAGCAGUAUUGUGCUAGUGGUACGAAGCAGCUGAAGAUAGUCAUCGCUCUUCAUGAUCAAGACAUGUUGCAGGGCACGACGACUACAUGUGCGUAUUUGCGUCGAAGCGCAGAAGUUCUACGCAGUACCAUAGUUCCCUCUCUUUCAAUUAACAACAACGAUAUCGACCGCUACAUCCGGCUGGUUUACACUGGCAAUGGUCCAGAGUAUUGGAAUUUAAAAACAACCGUGGAUUCGCCGAUACGCCGGGUCAGAAAUCUGUACUACGACAGGUCUUUUGCCGAAGCGAUUUAUCGGUACAUGCUAGUGAACAAUGCCAAGGCAGAUGUUUACGGUCUUGCGAAUGCCUUCCACGUCUCCGUUGCGAACGACUUAUCGAGCCUUCUUCCUAGUCAUGCCAAGGAUUGGUGGCCCAUGAUCGAAGACGUUUUCAAUUCGCCACAGAUCAGAGACUUGCGGCAAAAUCUGCUUCAAGAAUGCAUUGCGAGUGAGGAGUUCCAAUGCAUCAGCAUUGACGCGACAAUGCGCUGCUGCCUUCCCAUCAUGGGGCAGGCACGCAUCAAAAGCUCUGCGGAGGAGCGUGCAGAGGCUGCCUUCACAGAGAACUUGUCGCUGCGUAGGGUUUUCACUGUUCGCGGUCGAACAAGUGCAGUGCUGUUGAUGAGGGCCGCCAGAUCGGAGGAUGCCGAAACAGCAUGUCGGCUGCUAGCCGAAGAGUUUCCAGCAUCUGCGCUGCAGCAAGUUGCUUUCGUUGCAGCGGACAACCCUUCGCGCAAGCUCUAUUCUGAGCUGAAGAGAAUUUGCCCAAACUUGCAGGGCAUGUCACUCGACACGGUGCACUUGGCUAUGGCCUGGGAAUACUCUACUUCACGCAAGCGAAGUAAGGGGUCCGCAGCUCUCCGCAGACUACUCAGCAAGUUUGCUGCAGUCGACACCAAGUGCAGCGCCAGAUCAUUAGGGAGAUGCUAUGACGGUGGGUUCUGUCAGCCGCUGAAUGCUGAAGAGGAACGCCUCAGACGACAGCUGGAGGAUAGAACCAUGAAGGAAGGUGUGGCCCAGCGAAUUCUGGACGAAAUCAAGCUUGAUGAGCCAUUUUAUACUCGUGUGGAGUGGAUUCGGGCUAUAGCGGCUCUCACGAACGUCUAUAAGGACGAAGUCCGCAAGGUCUCUCCUGGACCAAAUCGUCGCGUCUGGGAGCUAUUGCAUUCUGCAACCGCUCCAGAGAGAGCCGAGUGGUACAUGAAUAAUGUACGGAUUCGCCAUGCUCUCUCUGCUCAGCGGCUGCGAUUGCUACCCAGCGGAACGACAUCAAACGAAGCACUUCACUACGAAAUCAACCGAUGCUUCAAAGAGACCCAGAAACUGCACCAAGUGAGCUUGCAGCAAAAGCUUGAAAUCUUGCAGCUGGGCAAGCUCUUGUCACAUAACAGAGCUUUGUACCAUCACACAACGAAGCAGGUACAGCAUGGGGAGGUGCUUGCUCGGGCAACUCGCCAGUCGAUAUGGUCUUCGCAAGACUGGAGUAUCUGGUGUGCAGAGUUGGUCGAUGGUUCGGGUCCCAAAAUGAAGGCUGAGCUCCCCAAGGAAGAUGCAAGGGCGCGGCAAAGAGCUGCAGUGCGUGACAGUGUGAAAAGGAAGCCUGCAGCCUCCUGUCGGCAAAGCAAAGCGACGACGAGGCGUACGGCCUUCACACUGUCUAGGAAGGAUUCCUUAGUUCGCGGCGGCAAAAAGAGUCGCUGCGGCUAG